AUGCAAAACUCGUCAAUUGUAACUAGGGAUUUGUACUGUCUGCAUGGUGUUCUUCAUGCGGUUGAAUUGGCUGGCUUCCUCUUUCGGUAUAUUGAUGAACACCCUGAGACAAAAAGCAUUUACAUUGGAGCGGCAGAAAAUCUCAUCAACGGUGUUUGGAGUGAGUGGAGCCAGGAGUAUUGGACGGGGGCCACUUUCCUCGUUCGAGUGGCGCUCUGCACUGUGCACCAUACAGUGUUUCCACUGACCGGCGUAAAAGAGCAGCGAGCGAUUGAUGGUCUGCGAGUUGGCAUUUUCCUGUCUUUUCUAGGCCGACUCACAAUUAACCUGGUGAACUCGAAGUCAAAGCACAACCCGAAUCGUGUCAUGCGAGUCAGACGGAGUAUGGUGUUUGCGAAGCAUUUAGUCGAUAUUGGGGACGCAUUUCGCAAGGACGUGCUCGGUUCUGAAGACGAGCCGGAUCGGACCUUGAGGCCUCCGUCCUGGCUCCAUCACCCCUGGCCCCUCAGCCCCGCGCUCGGCGGCCCCUAUGCAGCUGUCCACUGGCGACGCGGUGACUUCCCCGAGUCUCCCUCGGUCCACACAGCAGUCAAUCAAACCCGGCAAGCCAUAAGGAAAUUCCAGCUUGAUGACCAAGUGUCUGCGGUCUACCUGGCUACGGAUGCUGAGAAUGAGGAUUUUCUUUUGUUCAAACAAUUACUGAGUCCCUGGGCGGUGUACCGGUUUGCGCCUGAACGAACCGACCUUGUGCCUGGCGAAUUGGCAGUUAUCGACCAGUGGAUAUGCGCGCAUGCUAGGCUUUUUGUUGGAUCGUCACCAUCUACAUUUACUUUCCGAAUUGUCGAGGAACGUGAAAUAAUGGGUUUCCACCCAUCCUCUACCUACAAUGCUUUUUGUGCUGUUCCCGGUAGCGAUGUUGUAAUGUACGACGACUGGAGGAAGCGAACCGACUGCGAAGGUCUCACACCCUGGUCCAUUGUUCCGGAGCCCCUCUACACCAUCCACACACCUCCCUUCAAAAACGAACUGUAA